AGGAGCUCUUUGAAAUGGAUUUCAGCUCUCCUUUUACUCUGCUCUGCUUGCUGGUGAUAAUAACUGUUACUCAAGGCUCUGCCAUCUGGACUGGUGCGCUCAGCGGCGACUCAGCAGUCUUUUCUUUGGAAAUCCAAAGCCUGCAGAACUUCUCCAGCAUGAGCAAGGAGGAUAAGAAAUGCUCUACAACUGUGCUAAGCGAUACUUUGUUGGCCAAGUGCGGCACUUCUGCCAGCAGAUGGCUGAACUUAGAGAACGGCUCCCUGGUGCUGAGGAGUGUGGAGAAAGACGAUGGAGGAAAAUACGGAUUUGUUUUUCAGAACACCACCAGAAAUUUCAUACUGGAAGUAUUUGAGCCGACCAUUGGCAUCCAGUGCUUCCCUGAUGGGACUGCGGUGCUGUCCUGCAACGUGGCCAGCAAGGAGAUCCUGGUCUUUCGGUGGCUGCUGAACGGCACCCACCUGAAAGCCGAGGGGGCUUGCAUCAAGGAUGCCGGGAAGAAGGUUCACCUGGACAAAACUGAGCCUGGGGAUUUUGUAUGUGAAGUUUUGAAGGGGAACAGUGUCACGAGGACCAGGCCUAUUACGUUGUCUUGCAGCUACGACCUGCUGCAGUACCCGGGGUUCAUUUACAUCCUGGCAGGCUGCGCCGCCGGAGUGCUUAUCCUGCUGGUGGCCCUGCCUGCAGCCAUAUGCUGCUGCAUGAGGAGGAGACACAAGUUCAUCCCGGUGCCUUCAGAGGAGGAGAAGGAUGACGGAUUGACAAUGUCGGUGGUGUGCGGCGAAGGCGCGAAGAGCCCCCCCAAUGGAGACCGUGCCGAGGCUCAAGCUGCCCAAACUGACCGUCCUGCCAAGCCUGAUGCUGCCCAGGUUGGUCAAGGCGUUGAGCCCCAGCCACCGGCGGAGGAAAACGUAGCAGUGCAGCUAGAAGCUGAGGAAAUGCCGGAUGCUGAGGCUAUAGUUGACAUGGAAAGCCAGGAAGACGCCUCAGACUGUUUCCCGGAUCCAACCGAUGACUGACCUGACGUGCUUGCUGUUCCACCCUGAAGCCUGUGACACUUGUCCUUUGCAUCCCAUAGUCUCACUGUGUCUGGAAAAUCUUAGCAGGGGAAAGACGGGAGGUGUCAGACCUUCUGACCUCAUUUAAAAAGAGAAACGAAAAUAUAGAGAAAAGCACACAGGUGGCCUGACAGGCUCACUAACAAACAAAAGCGGGCAGCUCUUUGAUGCCCUGCCUGAUAACAGAGCUGCAGCACAACCAAGGAGCCCCAGGGGACAGCCUGGAAUGAGAUGGGUGGCUCCCCCUGCUCCCUGCCCACCCAGUGCCCAGCCAGGGGCAGGCACUACGGGCAGGUUGAGGUUGCCUGCCAGUCCCAGGCAGAAACUGAGGACUUGCCAGAAAUCUCCUGAGAAAGCUUCUUCUCGGGAGACUUCAGGGCACUUUUUUUUCACAGGCCCUGCCAAAGAAACUCAAAGGAGGUCUCAGCUCGGUAUCUGCUGUCCUGGGUGCUUGCCCUGAGUCGCUCCUCUGAGCUCCAAGCCCUGUGAUUUGGCCUUCACCUCUUGCUGCCUGCAGCAGGAGCAGCGGUGGGGUCUUGAAAUUCGACUUGCAGAUAUGCUGUGUGCAGAGCCGGGGUGGUGCUGGCUUUGCUCACCCCUUGGUGCCCCAAAUGACAGAGGGUACAGGUUACCUUUCACCUGAACCCCACUGCUUGGGCUGCCCCUGAGCUAAGCCAGCGCUGUCACUUGCUUGCUUGCCUGCAGCAGGAGCGGGGCUGGGGCUCGGGGCUGCAAUUUUGGCAGAAACCUUGAUUUUAAUGCUGAGGCUGUUUAUCAAUGCAAGCAUUAGUGCCUUUAGUGUAAUAGUUUAGCUACUGCAAGCUGAUGAAGCUGGCCAUCUGCCUGUGCAUGUAGGCUUGUUCGGGGCUGUGUUAUUUGCACAGACAGCAGCAAUUUAUAGAAUCUCUUAGGUAAGUCUUGCAGCUACUCACGUCCUGUUCUGCUCAGGGGAGGUGUGCCUGUGGAGCAGCUGGGGUAGACCUGCAGGGAAGAAGGAUGUGGAGAGGGCAGGGACUCUGUCUCAGGCAGCAGGUAGCUGAGUCCCAGCAAAGCUGCCACGGACUGCAGGGCUGUCAGGCUGCAGGGAGUGCUGCAGGACGUGCUGCCAGAGCAAGGUAUUUUCUGUAUAAGACAAUUGAAGCAGUCAGAGUGAGGUGUUAAAUUGGUUGUUAGUGUUAAAUUGGCCUGCUGGUCCAGAAAGGCAUGGCAGUAAAAGCAGAGAUGGUACAGACUGAGACCAAAAGGGAUGGGGAGGUGUGUACUGCACCCCUCUCCUCCCUUGUCAUUGUGUCCCUGUUUUAUAUUGUGCUGACCCUGUGAAUCCCUUGGGAAAUGGAUUUAAGCUGUGCCUGGUGAAUGCCAUCCAACGAGGGCUGCGAGCACCCCAGCAGAAUCCAAACUAAACCGAAGGCUCCUCUCCCAGGCCGGGGAGCUGGUGGGAUGGCUGCACGCUUACCUGGGAGCCCUUCAUCUCUGUGUACUUGCCAAGGCUCUGCAUCAGUGACACCCUGCCACAGGUGACUGUUCUCGUUGUUUCCUUGUUCUGUGACUCUCUUCAGAAGAUGUUUGGGUCUUGUGUGCUGUGUUGGUGGUGAUUCAGCCUGUCUGCCGUAGGAACCAGGUUUUCCACGGUAAGAGGGAGGUGAUAAUUCUUUUCCUUACGGUGCUGUUCUAACUCUUUUCAGUACAAACAUUCCUCAAAGGCUGUGAGUCAAAUGACAGACAAGUGCUUGGGGUGGCAGCGCAGAAGCAGCCAUGCUGGGUGAAUUUGUCACCAAAAUGGGGGGACACAGUCAGCAUUGCUUCACUUCUGCACUUUCUGGCAGGGGCAGGAGGGGACAGUCGACUCCAGCACAUGCUUCAAAGGCUGAACAGUGCUCAGAGCUGCACUGGAGGAGACAGCAAUGUUUCUGUGUCCUUGUCCUGCUGGGCUGGGGCAUCCCAGCUUUAGCUUAUCCUAGUGCUGCCUUCCUGCUGUCAGCAGCCCUGGGAGGGCUGGGGGUGCCCAGCAGCUGUGAGCACCACCACUAUUAUGAUCCCUGUCCUGGAAGGAUUUUUCCCAUAGAGGUGCGAGAGGUCUUGGUGAAACAGAUUGAAACAUGGCUGUUUUUUUGUCCUUUACCUCUGAAAGUGCCAUUCAGCAAAAGUUUCUUUGAGGUCAGGAGAGAAGCGAUGCAGCCUGUGCUCUUCCUUUAACUGUAUGUGUUCGUGCCUAGCUAUUGUUCUUCUUUUGGUGUUUUUUCUUUUCUUUUUCCUUUCCCCCGUCAUUCAUUUUGUUCCAAAUAAAAAGAUCUGUUUUCUACCUUGUU